GAAGGAAGACAACAUACAGUUUUUUGAAAAUACGUGUUUCUUUCGUUGUUUUGUUUAUAAUGAAGAGUUUAUCGUGAAGUGUUGUGACAAUAUGAUAAUUAUUUACAUUGAUAUUAUUUUAUUGGCUAUUUUGUUCCUGCUUCUUCUCUUCACGUGUGGUUACUGCGUGUACCGCGUGCAUAGCCUUCAACGCAGUGGACAGGUGGCAAUACUCUUGCGGCCAACCAAGGUCCUAUUCUCACACAAAAAGGAGGGAGAGGUCAAUGAACAGCUGAGAACUGUAGUGGCUUAUCAGAAUCCAUUUACUGGUGACUAUUGCGUGCACAAAAGUAGGGGACCGCAAGGCUACGUAAAUUCAAUGAACUCCCCCGACUCACCCGACAGUGGGGUGUCUGAUGCCUACGAGCCGUUGAACCUUGUGCCUCAGCCUCGGGAGAUAGAUGAGCCAGGGCAGAGUAUUCAGAUUCCGGAGCCCUCGAAGCCUCCAAUAUCACCCGUCUACGACAACAGCGUCAACAAAACUUGGAAAUGGAAUUACACCGAGUACCAAAUUUGAAACAAAUUACGGCAUAUAAAUCGACAGUAAGAUUUAUCUUUGAACGAAGGCAAUGAUUAUAUUGUGGCGUUUAAUAAACAUUAUUUUGGAUAAUGUUAUAGCCUAGAAAGUAG